CGCCCCGCUGCGAUAAGUCGACAGUCUCGAGGUCAGAAAUUUGCUGGAGACCUCCACGAUGAAGACCGAUUUCCAGUUCUCCAAUCUGCUCGGUACUGUCUACAGCAGAGGCAAUCUGCUGUUCACACCAGAUGGAACAUGUCUACUGUCGCCGGUCGGCAACAGGGUGACUGUGUUUGACCUUGUCAACUCCAAAUCGCACACCCUACCAUUCUCACAUCGAACAAAUAUUGCCCGCCUGGCGCUGAACCCCAGAGGCAAUUUGCUCCUCUCUGUGGACGAGAACGGUCGCGCGAUCCUUACGAAUAUACCCCGCCGAGUCGUCCUCUACCACUUCUCGCUCCGAGGAGAGGUCACCGCUCUCGCUUUCGCGCCGUCUGGACGACACUUUGCAGUAGGUAUCGGCAGGCAGAUCGAAGUAUGGCACACUCCAUCCACACCGGACGUUACGGAAGGCGAUCUCGAGUUUGCACCGUUUGUGCGACACCGAAUGUAUACAGGACACUACGAUAACGUCCAGAGUAUUGAAUGGUCAAGUGAUUCGAGGUUCUUCCUCAGCGCAUCGAAAGAUUUGACAGCAAGGAUAUGGAGCGUCGACGAAGAGGAGGGCUCUGCGCAGACAACGCUUGGAGGUCACAGGCAAGCCAUCGUGGGCGCAUGGUUUUCCAAAGACCAGGAGACCAUCUAUACAGUCAGCAAGGACGGUGCGCUGUUCAUGUGGAAGUACAUGCUGCGAUACGAUGCGCCCGAGGAUGCAGACGAGGACGAUGACGACAACCUACAAUGGGGUAUUGCCGAGCGACAUUUUUUCAACCAAAACAAUGCCCACGUUACGUGCGCCGGUUUCCACCCCGAGUCGAAGCUGCUGGUGACAGGUUUUUCGAACGGCACCUUCUUCAUCCACGAACUACCCGAAUUUGCGCAGAUCCAAAGCCUGAGCAUUUCACAAAAUGACAUCGACUAUGUCGCAAUCAACAAGACCGGAGAGUGGUUGGCUUUUGGCGCAUCAAAGCUGGGGCAGCUGCUGGUCUGGGAAUGGCAAUCUGAGUCGUACGUUUUGAAGCAGCAAGGCCACUUUGACUCGAUGAACACGAUCGCCUACUCGCCUGAGGGUCAGCGGAUCAUCACAGCAGCAGACGAUGGCAAGAUCAAAGUAUGGGAUGUAAACUCGGGAUUCUGCGUUGUAACUUUUACUGAGCAUAUGGGUGGUGUGACAGCCUGUGAGUUUGCAAAGAGGGGCAAUGUCUUAUUCACAGCAAGUCUGGACGGGUCAGUAAGAGCUUGGGAUCUGAUCAGAUACCGUAACUUCCGUACAUUCACAGCGCCUUCGAGGUUGUCGUUCUCAUCACUAGCAGUCGACCCCAGCGGCGAAGUCAUUUGCGCGGGUUCAAUCGAUACAUCGGACAUCCACAUCUGGUCCGUACAAACCGGCCAAUUACUCGACACAUUAUCUGGACACGAAGGGCCAGUCUCGACACUAGCGUUCUCGCCAGACGCAUCGACACUCGUCAGUGGAAGCUGGGACAAGACAGUCCGCGUCUGGAAUAUCUUCGCCCGCACACAAACCAGUGAACCGCUUCAGCUGAUGGCAGACGUCCUAUCUGUUGCCUUCCGCCCCGACUCGAAGCAGAUAGCAGUCACCACACUAGACGGCCAGCUCACAUUCUGGAAUGUAUCGGAUGCUGCACAAGAGAACGGCGUCGAUGCGCGCCGCGAUGUGUCUGGUGGCCGCAAAAUGUCAGAUCGUCGCACAGCAGCCAACGUUGCCGGCACCAAGUCUUUCACCACGGUCAGGUACAGCGCAGACGGGUCGUGCGUCCUUGCAGGAGGCAACAGCAAGUACAUAUGUCUGUACGAUGUGCAGUCCGGCGUCUUGCUAAAGAAGUUCACUGUAUCCGUCAACUUAUCGUUGGACGGUACACAAGAAUUCCUGAAUAGCAAACUGCUCACUGAUGCAGGCCCGCAGGGUCUCAUCGACGAGACAGGUGAAGCUUCCGACAUCGAAGAUCGCCGCGAUACCACACUGCCCGGCGCCCAGAAGGGUGUUGGUGCAAGGAGAACGCGACCCGAAGUCAGGGUGCCAGCGGUCGCCUUCUCGCCAACAGGGCGUGCUUUCUGCGCAGCAUCAACAGAGGGACUAAUGAUCUACUCACUUGACAACGUGUUCCAGUUCGAUCCCUUUGAUCUCGAUAUCAGCGUCACACCCCUCACCACCCUCGAAACCCUGGCUCAACAAGAGUAUCUCAAAGCACUCGUCAUGGCCUUCCGCCUCAACGAGCGCAACCUCAUUCGCCGCGUCUACGAAGCCACACCAGUCGAAGACGUUCCUCUCGUCGUCAAGGAACUGCCAGCAGUCUACCUUGGCCGGUUACUACGAUUUGUGGCCGUACAGGCUGAUGAAUCGCCACAUCUCGAAUUCAACCUAGUGUGGAUAGAGUCGCUCCUCAGUAAACAUGGGAGAUGGAUGAAGGACAACAAGAGCGGUCUUGAGGCUGAAUUGCGCAGCGUGGAAAAGGCAGUCAGGCGUAUACAGACAGAGCUCGCAAGAUUGGCAGAUGAAAACAUCUACCGGAUAGAGUAUCUGCUUGCGCAACCUGUUGAGAGGACGGAAAAGUCGAGAGGUCUGGACUUUGAGGUCAAGUCGAUAGGAAAUGGCGUUGUAGAUGAGGAGAUGCGUGACGGCGAAGACGAUGAAGACAAUGAAGACGAUGAGGGAGGCUGGGAAGGGUUUGAUUAAGUGUGCUAUACAGGUUCAACAGUCCGCAAGACGGGCAUUUUCUGGUUUAUUGAAAACGCCUUUGCGACUUUGACAGCCGGAGC